CUGAACAACAAAUAUAAUACUGACAAUGGAAAUUAAUGCUCACAGGUGCACAUAUUUCAAUUUCUAGUUAAUUUACGUUCUUAAACAGUCUGCCUUUCUUUUAACAAACGAAAAUGGUUUUGGAAACUAUUCUGGAAGACUCCGAGCUAGGUUUUAAUGGCUCCGUGUCCGAAAUUAAACCUAAAACACCAGCUGAAUCAACCGCCAGAUCAUAUCUACCCCGCAUGAGAGCCGCAGUGACUUUGGAAUUAGGACUAGCAAUGACGGAGGCGAUAAUAAGUGGGAACCAGCUUCACAACGAUAUUCUUGACGGCAAUGAAGAGAAACUGAAAAAUGUUUACAGCCAAUCUCUGCCAACUAUUCACAAAGCUCACAUUUUUGACGGUAUAGAUGUUAGUUUCAUCGAAAGAGACAUACUCAAGAAAAGCGCACGCUGUAGAAAGAGUCCAUUCUCGGACUCCAGUGGUCGGACGAGGGGACAGAAUCGAGCAUCUCGAUCCCUCGCUGCUUCGCCUUUUGGACUUGGAGACAGAAUUCCCAAGACUGAAGAAAUCGACAUGCAGAAAAAAUUCAGAGAAUUUGAGAAGGACCAACAUUUCCAAGUAUCACUGACCCAACUCAAAAGACACCCCCCUCCACUGAAACUGAGAUCAAGAGAGAACCCCACCUCCUACAACGACUUCCUUACCCUAGAAACCGAGCCAGCAAGACCCCAGGUCCGAUCUCCACUUCCUGAGAUUACCGUCAGUUCAGUCAAAAUGACAUCAGAACUGGACCAAACAGAAACCUAUCUGGAUCUAUCAAAAGUUCGAGAGCACGUGGACCGAAUUAAGGAGCUGUUGGGGAGAAAGGAUUUGGAGAAAGGGAGGACAAGUGAGAAGAGGGGUCCGCUGAGCGCGAGGAGGGGUCUAGUAAGUGGGGGGAGGAGGAGCGUAGUGAGCAGGCGAGUUAACACGGUGGGACCGGAGGUGCUCGGUAGUUGGGAUAGGGCCGGAUCUGCUCUCUCUACACGACCUGGCAUUAAUUGAACCUGAACUUAUUCCAACUCAUUGGAGGACUUCUAGAUCAUUGAGUUUGGGGUCUGAGGAACUAGCCGGCAGGAAUGAACUUUGGUUCUUAAUCUUAAGAAGCAUUUCCAUUUUUACAGUUGAUCUUGAAAUGCCGUGAAGAAAAGCCAGAUUUGAUGAAGAUUGAACCAAUGUCUGUAGAUGGGGGAGUGGCGUUUAAUAGACAUUGUCUGUUAGGUCAGUUAUUAACAGUGAUCAUAAUGUGGUGUCCCAUAUCCUCAAACUGUAUCUAUGAUCAAAUUUAUGUAAUCAGAGCUAAAAAUGCAUGUGCAGUAAUAGUCAACCCAAGAUUUAUACCAGAUUCUCAUAUCUCACGGACCACAAGCACUGAUAUUUAGACUAACAAUCAGUCAAUUGCCUCACAUCAGACAACGACACUGUCUGUUUUAGAUUAUAUUGCUAUUAUUAAGUCCGGAGACAAUAACUGUCCGUCGAUAUUUGUGGUACUGCGGUUUUUACCGUUUAUCAUUGAGAUGGAGCGAAUUAUUUAAAGUGCAUGAUACUGAUGCACUUUUGGUAUACAAUGUGAUGUUAUACUUAAACAAGAUCAUGUAUUGUUGUAAAAAUCAAGAAAGUUUGAAUGAGAUGUGCAACUUACAUUGUUCAAAGCUCUUGAAGAAUGACCCCAAAUCAUCGUGAACAAUCCGUUAGCUCAUUUGACGCUAUCUUUGUGGUGUGGGGCAUUUUCGUGGUGGUAAUUCGUCCGCAUGAUUCUAGAAACUAGAAUUAAGUUAAAAAUGAUUACAUUCAGAAAAUUAUCUUGUGGUUGCCUCAUCAAUCAAAUUUAAAACUUUGCCACUCCGUGAACGAAUUGGAUACAAUGAAGAAUAACAUUGGUGCAGUCUUCGACACGUGAGAUUUCUUUAAGAUUAUAAUUCCCGUUUUUGUACCAGAUGUGCAUGUCAGUUUCAGUGUUGAAGCAGUAAAAGGAGUAUUUUGAAACAAAGAAUUUGUCAGUUAUUUGUUGAUAUAAACAAACUCAAGUGAUAAAAAUAAAUAUUCCACGAAGGACAUCCUAAAUUGCUUAAUCUUUAUUGCUUGA